AUGGCGGAAGCGCUCUACGAAUAUCCGCUGAAGCCAGUGUCGUGGAACGAGCGAGAUUUACUGCUGUUCGCGAAUAGUAUUGGCUGUGAGCCGUCAGAGUUGCACUUUCUUUAUGAACUGCAUCCAUCAUUCUCGGCAUUCCCAACCUAUCCAAUUGCUCUCACAUUCAAACAUGACUACACAUCAGUGUCAUCGUUUAAGGCGCACUUCACGAAGCAUCUGACUCCCCCGAAGAAUUUCAUCAAUGGGUUUCCAACACUGGACAUCGAAAGAGUGGUGGAUGGAGAGAGAACGUUGGAACACGACAGACCAAUACCAAUCUCCAGUUCUAGCCGUAACUUCGCGAUUCGCAGCCAAGUGAUAGGAGUGUGCGACAAGGGCAAAGACAAGGCGACCAUCGUGAAGACCGAGCAUCUCCUCAUCGAAGUAUCCAGAUCGCUCUCACCCAUUGGCGGCAGGAAGCAAGAAGCUGUCUUCACGAGAAUGUCGGAGACAGCAGUCUUUAUGGGUCAAGGAGGUUGGGGCGGUCCAAACGAUGCCAGCCCUUCCACGCCGCCUUCACCUCCAGCAAAUGCACCGCCAACCAAGACAUACCGACAUGAGAUUCCAAAGAAUGCUAACUUACUGUAUCGACUCAACGGGGAUUACAACCCUCUUCAUGCGACCAACGUCAAAGCGGCAGUGGUUCAGCCGACUCCUAUCAUGCAUGGCCUAUACAGCUGGAAUGUUGUCAGUCGUUUGAUUCUGUCCACUUUCGCCGAUAGCCGCCCGGGGGCGUUGAUGAGUUUUCGUGCCAGGUUCGCAGCUCCCGUCAGACCUGGUGAUGUGCUUGAGACGGAUAUGUGGGAUCACGGUGAUGGUGAAGUGCGUUUUGUAGCCAAAGUCGGUGGGAGAGUCGUUCUUGACAAAGGGGUGGCCGUCUUGAAUGUCAACAAAGGGAUCGAGAGAGGCAGAUUGUAG